AUGAAUCUACUGAGUUCUCUAGUUCUUAUAAUAGUACUGUGCAAAACAGUCUCUAUCGAUGUGCUAGUACCGUUGUCAACAAAUGUACCCGAUAGCACGCUUUAUCCCCAUGUUAUUCAUCCUCGUCAACCCAAGCGAUUGAAUUUAUCUAUACAUGCACCUUUGCAUACAAAUAAAUUCUAUAGUAAUGCAAUAUUAGGCGAUUAUGGAAACAAUCCACUUCUAACACAUCCUUAUGUUAUAUCGAUGAGCAAAGAUUCACCGUAUGGUGUUUCAAUUUCUCUUACUGAGGAAUGGUCAUAUGGUCCUCAAAUUGACAGUACUCGAGUGAAAUAUUUUAUCAAUCGAAUUGUGAAAAAUAUUCAAAUGAGUGCGUUGGAAUUUCUUUCUCAACAAUUUGAAGUGAAUAAUGUUGAUGAACCAGGUUUUGCUUGUACAAUCAAGAUGUUUCAAUCGAACUCAUCGGCAACCAUUACUUUGCCGCUAGUGCGUGGUAUGGCCUAUGUGACUUUUGAAUUUGUAUUUGCAACACCGCGCAUCUCUACAAUUCAUUCUAUACUCUCUGUCAAUGGACGAACUUCUGGUAAUAUAACUGGAAAGCGUUUCGAAAUAGUCCUUAACAACAAUCAAGCAUGGCUACUAUAUGCUCUUGAUGGUGAGAUCACGUUAGAGUUCAGUGGAAAUCAAUUGAUAGGCACUAAUCCUGUAACUAAUGUCUUGCGUCUGGCUAAAAAACAGGCUGAGCCAUCUGCAAAUGCUGUGCUCGAUGCGCAAGUUGGAGUAUAUCCAAUUGCAUGUCAAUUAGAAGCUCGUGUCACUGGGUUCCAAGGCUCAUACAUGUUCAAGUGGCAACGAAAAGGUAAUCUCAGUAAGACUUUACUUCACUUCACUUUUCCUCAUCAUCGGUCAAUUAUUUCAUUGGUCGAUGGUCAAUUCACGAAUGUUGAAGUCAUGUCGGCUAGUAAGGGUCGCAUGAUUGGCUAUCUGGGCAACAUAUGGACGCUGACAGAAAACGCUCUAUCCACAAUGCAAUUUCUUGCGCCACAUUCACCAGCAAUUCAAUAUAGAAAUUUGAUUGUGACACAAUUGAAGAAAGACCUUGCGGUUGGAGCUAAUUUGACAGUGUCAGAUUAUUACUUUACUGGCAAAGAGUUCCACAAAUAUGCUUUACUCUGCUUGUUGGCUGACUAUUAUCGAGAAAUAGCCGAAUUCAAUCGAUGUAUUAAGACACUUAAAGACGGUUUUGAAGGGCUCAUAACGAGGAAAAACGCCAAUGCUCUACGCUAUGAUACAACAUGGUCCGGUCUAGUCUCUUCGGCUGGUUUAGGACAGAACCAAGAGCUGAACGAUUUUGGCAAUUCAUACUAUAACGAUCAUCACUACCAUUGGGGUUAUUUCAUUCAAGCCGGUGCCAUUAUUGCUCAUCUCGAUCCAAACUAUGUGUCGAAAAUACGCGAUUGGGUGGAAGGAUUAAUACGUGAUGCCAGCAACCCGUCGUCCUUAGACACUAGUUUUCCUCAAUUUCGUUACUUUGAUUGGUUUUCUGGUCAUAGCUGGAGUCAGGGUUUAUUUGAAUCGGCUGAUGGCAAGGAUCAAGAAUCAACAUCAGAAGAAAUCAACUUCCAUUACGGUAUUGCUCUGUGGGGAUUAGCGACGAAAUCAUCGACUAUUGAAGGCCUCGGUCGAUUGAUGCUUGGCACUGCGAAAAGAGCCAUUCAGACCUAUUUUCUUAUGAAUAAUGAUAACACCGUGAUGCCACAACAGUUCAUUGCUAACAAAGUUACUGGUAUUUUCUUUGAGAAUAAGGCUGACUAUACUACUUGGUUUGGAACGAAUCCGGAAUUCAUUCAUGGCAUUCAAAUGAUUCCUUGUACACCAAUUACGGAAGAAAUUCGCCUGGUGAAGUUUGUCGAAGAAGAAUGGGUGACUAUUUUGAGCAAGAUCGUUCACAAUGCUGUUCCGGAAUGGAAAAGUCUUUUAUAUAUGAAUUAUGCUAUUAUCAAUCGACACGAAGCCUUCAUUCAGCUUACUAAUGUGUCACUCGACAAUGGUGUGUCUCGCACAUGGGCGCUAUACUGGGCAGCCACUCGACCAAGUACAAAUGACAGCAAUGGAACUGUGUCAACCAGGAAACCUGAUCUAUCCACCGUUUCAACCACUAAUACAGCUUCAAGUUACACAAGUACUAUGGUAGCAAGUGCAUUAAUCCAACUGCUACUAACCAUUAUUGCUUCAAAAACACCAGCUAUGUUGAUAUAA